AUGAACAAUAUUGUUGUUUUCGGUGGGAGUUCCCAUCCAGACCUUGUAGACAAGAUAUGCGAGAAAUUGGGUAUUCACAAGUCUCAAGUCAAGUUGGGGAAGUUCUCCAAUGGAGAAACCUCUAUCAGUAUUGAGGAAUCAGUGCGUGAGAAGGAUGUUUAUGUGAUUCAAAGUGGAUGCGGGCACGUUAACGAUAACUUUAUGGAGUUGCUAAUUCUUAUCAAUGCGUGUAAGACAGCGGAUGCUUCUCGGGUAACAGCAGUGAUGCCAUACUUCUCGUACUCCAGACAGCCAGAUAUCCCAUACACGGCCAAGGGAGCACCUUUGAUCUCGAAGCCUAAGGAGAAAUAUACUUUUGAGUCGCACCCUGGGACGCCUGUGGAAAGGAAACCUGUGGAUAGGAAGCGUGCGGAAAAGAAGCCACUGCAGAAACAACAGCAGCAGCAAGAGCAACAAGAAUUACAACAAGAAUUACAACAACAGCAGCAGCAGCAGCAAACGGAGGAACACCAAGAGGAGCCUGCAUCUGUCUUGAAACAGCAGGAAAUUGCUCUACCAAGCCCCUUGCCAAUACGCCCGGCCGAAUUAAGACCCUGUUCGUCUGCAUCCUCUCGUAUCCCAAUGAUUCCAAAUGGGAAAGCCGAGCACCCUUCUGAACAAGACGAUACCUCAAAUGCCGAUACAUUAUUUAACGCCAGUAACUCAAGCUAUAAGCUAUGGGUGGCUCAAGCAGGUACCCUAAUCGCCAACUUGUUGAUGACAUCUGGUGCAGACCAUGUGAUUACCAUGGAUUUGCAUGACUCGCAAUUUCAAGGGUUCUUCGACAUCCCAGUCGACAAUCUCUACUGUAAACCAAUUACACAGACAUACAUCCAACAUCACAUACCAGACUACAAGGAUGCUGUCAUUGUGUCUCCAGAUGCCGGUGGUGCUAAGCGUGCGGCCAAAAUCGCUGAUGUUUUGGAACUUUCAUUUGCCAUGAUUCAUAAGGAAAGGAGAUCGCAGUUGCUAAAGGGCCCACCAGGUGCAACUUUGACCUCUGGAGGCGGUAUUCCGGUAUCAAGUAAACCAUUGAUUGGCUCUCUCGAUAUGAAACACAACCCAUCCAUGGGAAGUAACAAAUAUGUCAACACGACCAUGUUGGUUGGUGACGUGAGAAACAAGGCAUGCAUAAUUGUCGAUGAUUUGGUGGAUACAUCAUAUACGUUGACCAGGGCAGCUAAGCUACUAAAGGAUCAAGGUGCCACUAAAAUAUAUGCCCUGAUUACCCACGGUAUCUUCUCGGGUGAUGCUUUGAAUAGAAUUGACCAAAGUGUAAUCGACAAAUUAAUCGUUACAAAUUCAAUUCCUCAAGAUGAAACUAUCAAAGCAUUGGGUCGUGAUCGUGUCGAAGUUCUUGAUGUUUCUAGUAUUUUUGCCGAGGCUAUCAGAAGAAUCCACAAUGGUGAAUCAAUCAGUAUUUUGUUUGAGCAUGGGUGGUGA